CCUCGGCUUUCUGAUGAGCGAAGUAGUGGAGUGGUGCGCACACGGCUUCCUGACAGGUCCCCUCUGCAGUCUGUCACGCGUGUGCACUGUGCGGGAUGCGAGCCGCCGCCCCUCCCUCGCCCGCGUGGCUCACUGCAUUUCCAUCCUCGCCAAAAGCCUCACUUUGCAUCAACUUGCUCAAAAAUUAAUUCCUGACGAUGAGGAAGAAGACGAGGACGAGGGGGAGGGCGGGAAAGUUCACGCUGUGGCGUCAGAGGAAGAGAUCAAACAGGAACAAGACAAUCAAGACGAUUACACUGCUAAAACAGAUAAAAAGGAGAAUGAAGAACACCAAGUCGAUGAUAUAGAGUCAGGAGAGGAAGAUAAGAUGAUCGAUGAUACAGUGUCACGAGAAGAGGAUCAAGAGGAAAAAGACAACAAAGAUCAUGAAAUUGAGGUAAAAAACACAAAAAAGAAUAGAGAUGAUGAUGAAUACGAUGAUGUAGAUUCAGAAAAUAAUGAAGAUGAGGCUGAUGAUAUAGAAUCAGAAGAGGAGAAACAUGAAAAACUAUAUGAAGGGAAUGAAAAUGUGACAGAGGAUAAAGAGCAGAAUAAUGAAGACGGUGAUAUGGAUUAUGUAGUGUCAGAAGAAAAAGAGAAACAUAAAGAACAAGGUGGUAAUGUAAUGUCAGAAGAAGAGGACAGAAAGGAGGAAGAUGAAACAUUUGUCACAAAAGAGAAAAAGUUUACAGAAGAGGGUGAGGUAGAUUGUGUAGAAGGAGAAGAGGAAGAAUAUGAAAGAAAAGAGGUGGCUGAAGAUAUAGAAUCUGAAGAGGAUAAAGUAAAAGAUAAGGAUGAUGAUGUAUUUGUGACACAAGACAAAACAAACAAUAAAAACGACCACUUUGAUGAUAAACAGUUAAAACAGGAGGAGGAAGAUGAAAAAGAUGAAAGUGAUGAUAAAGAGGAAGAACGCCACAAUAAGAGCAUGAGAGAAUGUGGCCACGUAAGGGAGUGUAUUCCUGCACAACAACCACCACCACCUUGUAGUAUUACAAAAACGUGGACUCAACAAGUGGACGAGGCUUACUCUGCAUCGGGGUGCGCACUCACCUACCUCCCAAAAAAUAUUGCUCACUGUGCUCCUUCACAAAGUCUUACCACUACAAAAACUUGGGCUGCAGAGGUGGACGAGGAGUACUCUGUCUGGGAAGAUGCUCUUGAAUACUUCCCGAAUCGUUCUGCUGCAAUGAUUACCAACGAGGACGUGCGGGGUGACGUGAAGCAUUUCCGCGAUGACAUCCAGCGCCACGUGCCCUUCCUCACCAGGGAAGAGCUGCACAGCCUGGAAGGCGGAUACCUCCUGGGCGUGGGAAGCUUUGUGUGUGUGAGGUUGGUGACCUGGGAGACUGGGGUCCUGGCCGUGGUCAAGGAGCUGCUGCAAGCCGACCAGCUCGUGCCGGUGCUGACAGAGGCCAGUAUGCUGCUGCAGCUCAGAGGUGCAGGCGGUGCGCCUCGCCUUCUAGGCGUGUGCCAGUCUCCCCCCGCCCUGGUGCAGGAGUUUGUGGGGCACACCUACGACCGGUACUUGAGCGUGUGUUCGGUGAAGGAGUUCCUGGCGUCACUGGAGGGCGUGUGCCACUGCCUGCAGGAAGUCCAUGACAAAGGCGUCGUGCAUAACGACCUCAAGUGGAACAACAUCAUGUUCACUGGCACAGUCGCCGCGCCACACUUACACAUCAUCGACUUUGGCUUGGCUUCCUGCAGCGACAGCGCGGAGUGGGAGAACACAACGUCAGAAGAGGCUGACGAGGAGGACAGUGAGAAGGACGAAGACUCUCUUUCCCGCAACACUCCCUGGGUGGCGCCUGAGGUGUGCACAGGAGGACGUGUCUCCUCCUGUGGCGACGUGUACAGCCUCGACUUCCUGAUGAGCGAAGUAGUGGAGUGGUGCGCACACGGCUUCCUGACAGGUCCCCUCCGCAGUCUGUCAGGCGUGUGCACUGCGCGGGAUGCGAGCCGCCGCCCCUCCCUCGCCCGCGUGGCUCACUGCAUUUCCAUCCUCGCCAAAAGCCUCACUUUGCAUCAACUUGCUCAAAAAUUAAUUCCUGACGAUGAGGAAGAAGACGAGGACGAGGGGGAGGGCGGGAAAGCUCAUGAUGUGGCGUCAGAAGAAGAGGAACAAGACAAUCAAGACGACUACACUGCCAAAACAGAUAAAAAGAAGAAUGAAGAACACCAAGUCGAUGAUGUAGACACAAGAGAUGAAGAUAAGAAGAUCGAUGAUACAGUGUCGCCAGAACAGAAUCAAGAGGAAAAAGACAGUAAAGAUCAUGAAUUUGAGAUACAGGACACAAAGAAUAAUAAAGGGGAUGGUAAAUACGAUGAUGUAGAUUCAGAAGACAUUAAUCAUGAAGAUAAGACCGAUCAUAUAGAAACAGAAGAGGAUAAACACGAAAAACACAAUAAAGAUAAUGAAAUUGUAACAGAGGAUAAAGAAAAGAAUGAUGAAUUCUGUGAGAUGGAUUAUGUAUUGUCAGAAGAAGAGGAGAAACAUAAAGAAGGUGAUUUUACAGAGUCAGAGGAAAAGGAUAAAGAGGAAGAAGAAGACGGAAUAAUCAGAGGACAAAAAGAAGAUUAGAGAAGAGGGUGCGGAAGACUGUGGUGAGAGAAAAGAGGAAGCGGAAGAGGAAGGAGAUGAGGAGCCAGACGAUACAUCAUCACAAGAUGAUGAAGAAGACAAGAAUGAUGAUUUAUUUGUGACAGAAGGGAAAAGUAGGAAUAAAGACGACGACGAAGUGGAUGAUAAAGAGUUAAAACAGGAGGACAAAGAUGAAAAAGAUGAAAGUGAUGGUAAGGAGGAAGAGCGCCACGAGAAGAGGAGGAUGGCGUGUGAGUAUGUAAGGGAGUGUAUUCCUGCACAACAACAACAACCACCUCGUAGUAAUACAGAAACUUGGGUUCAGGAGGUGGACGAGGCUUACCCUGUCUCUGAAGAUGUCCUCUCCUACUUUACGGAAACACUUACUGAAUGCGCAUCUUCACACCAAGGUGAACAUCUCACUACUAGGAAGAAAAGGAAGAUUAAAGAAGAGGGUGAAGUUGUACAUGAUGCUGAGGGAGAAGAUGAGGGUGAUGAUAAGUACGAGGAACACAAAAAAGACGACGACAUUAUGGGAAAAGAAAAACUGAAGAAUAAAGAAAACGGUGAUGCAGGUGACCUAGUAGUCCCACAGGAGGAAGAUAAAGGAGAUGAAACCGAUGCGAUAAAAGAGGUAGAAGAUGAAAAAGAUGGAGAUGAAGGACAUAGGACUGAUGAUAUAAAAAGUCGAAAACGAAGACGGAAAAAGAGGAAACGUGGGAGAUGACGAAGGGAGAGGGAGUGUGAAUGUGGAGGACGAAGGGAGAGUAAGUGUGAGUGUGGAUGACGAAGGGAGAGGGAAUGUGAGUGUGGAUGACGAAGGGAGAGAGAGUGUGUGUGUGUGGAUGACGAAGGAAGAGGGAGUGUGAGUGUGGAUGAUGAAGGGAGAGGGAGUGUGAGUGUGGAUGACGAAGAGAAAGGAAGUGUGAAUGGAGAUGACGAAGGGAGAAUGAGUGUGGAUGACGAAGGGAGAGGGAGUGUGAGUGUGGAUGACGAAGUCGAUGGUGGAGUGUUAGACGGAGAGAGGGAGAGGGAAGAGGAAAAUUAGGCUGAUGAAAAUAUGAUACAAGAGGAAGAGAAGGACUAGGAAGAAGAGCAAGCCAAUGAGGAAGAAGACAAUGAAGAUGAUAACACAAGAGGAAGAAAAGGACGAGAACACAAGAAAGUCAAUGAGGAGGAAGACGAUGAAGAGAAUAGCAGAAGACGAAGACAGUGAUACAGUGACACAAGAGGAGGAGAAGGACGAGGAAGACGAGGACGAGGAGUGAGACAUAGCUGUUGAAAACUGUUGGUAUUAACGAAUGGUUGCACCGGUCAUGAUGUACAUUUACGCUGUGUUGUUUGUACAACUUCAACUUGUAGACAGCAAUACUGUAAUCUGAUCCUUAUCUAGGAAUUAAAUAAAAAGGGAAGAAAAUGCUUUUGUGAUGAAUUUCUUGCAAAGAAAAUAACCUGAAGGAAAGAGGAAAGGAAUAAAACUUUUGACCAAAAGGAAAGAAAUCGAACAAUAAAGAACGAUAUGAAGAGAAAAGUCCGAUUGAUGGACAUAAAAAGACAUAAAUCAGUAGAUUGAGAAAGAAAAGAA